ACACUCAAGCAUCAUGUAAAACCUGGUACAAAGAAAGACUCUUUUUACCUUUGCGACAAUGGAAUGGUUGUCAAAAUAAUGAGUUUCUCCAACACUCGAGUAUCAUUCAAGCCAUUCAUGUUACAAGGCAAUAAUUUUUCAUGAAGUCCAAAAACCUAGACAUCAGCAAAUCGAGUGGUAUGGAAUCGCAAGAGAAAUGUGUUCACAUAGACGAUUUGCAGUUGGUGUCUAAAUGCUGGGUGAUUCCCACUACCCGAGGCUGCUGUAUCGUUCCAUUGCUGCACCACAUAUGACGACAAAGUAUGUAACAGUAUUUUGCAAUUGCGCAAAGAUUUGGAUAUUAACACUAUUCCCAAAAUUUGAUUUUUUCAGAUGGGUUACCGGGAUAGUACCAUUAUAAGCUUGAAUAAAUAUAUUAUUUGUCUUGGAAUUUCAGUCUUGGUGAAUGUAGAUAAAAUAAGUGUUGGUUUUAGAUUGGUAGUCUGGUGGGGUCUGAAAUAAGAAUUGCUUUAUAACAAUAAAAAAUAAAGUAACAUGCAUUUUGAGCUUUAAUCAAAAUAAUUAAAUCACUUGGAAGUUAAGAUUUUAGAAGUUAUGAAGAAAGUAUAGGAAAACAGGUGAACUACGGUAAAACGAAUUAUUUAAUUCCUUAUUUAAAAAAAUUUGCAACAUCUGAAUUUGCAGACUACAAUAUCUCUAAAUUGGGCUAUCUAGCGCAUAUUGUUACUAUACACAUUUCCCAAUACGCCGGCAAGAAUGAGUGGUGCUGAUUCUGGAAAACCAAACUUGGUUUGAAAUAGAUCUCCUCGUAAAAGGGGUAAUUUGAAUUAUGCAGAGCUUUCGUCAGAGCAGAUUCCUUUAAAAAGCAAAAAAUCAACCCAACGACUGUUGUCCAACCACCAAACAUUCCUAAAGGUAUGUUAUUGUUUAACAGAGAAUGUGUGUGGUUGUAAUAUGAUUUUUUUCCUCUUCGUUUCUGGUAGGUUGACUGGUAAAACAAAUAAAGCUAGUGGUACAGCAAGCCAGUCUUCUAGUGCCAGAAUUGGAAAUAGUACAACGAAAGGUAUAGACCUUGAUAUAAUUGUUUACACAACUCACUAUAACAUUUUACAUAUGUUGUAUUACUUUCAGUUGGGCCUACUACUCAGACUAAAUCCCAAAGUAAUAAAGGGAAAAAUCUGUCAAAAACGCUGGCUGCUGUUCCCACAAUCAAUGGUGUGUGUGUGAAAUAAGUGAUCUAUGAAACUGUAUUGAAAAUAUUUUUUUUAUUAGAAAAAAUCGCUGAGAACCCUGAAUGUUCAACAUCGUCAAAGCCGAAUGCUGAAAAUCGUCAAUCGUCUUCCGAAUCGGACAGUGACAGAGAAAGUGACGGGAAAAGCAUUUCUUCACCAGCCUUUAGCCCUAUGUCGAAAUUACAAGAACAUGAAGAAGUUGAAGACAAAGAUAGUGAAGAAAAACAAAGUGAAGACGAUGAUUUGGAAAGCAAUGGCAAUGAAAACCCAAUAGAUAAUGAAAUAAUUGAAACAGGGGAUUCAACCAAGGAAUUGGUUGUGUAUGCAGCUGAAUCAGGAGAGCAAGUUGAUAUGGACAAUCUCUUCGUGCUUGAACGAGUAGAACCCGCCGAAGGAGUAAUUAGCAAAACCAUUGCCCUUGUUGACGUAGCGAAAACUUUAAUUGCUAUGAAUCUGCAAAUGGAAGAGCUUACUAAUAUGGUUUUAAACUUAAAUACGUAAUAGCCUAAUUUAAAAUGAUCUAUUAAUUCAUUCGUAUUGAAUAUCUAUUUUUUAGGCAUCAUUCGGAGUCGGCUAGAGGGCAAGGGAUUUGAUCUAACCGACGAGACUAUUCUCAAGGAAAUGGGAGCUGCCGUUUUCACCAGUGCAGCUGAUGAAGAAGGCGACGUUGAGAAAAGGAAAAAAUUGACGGCGAUAAAAAGAGCUGCUGUGGAGAAAUAUAUGGAGGAGCAACAUCAAAGUGAUGAACAAGUUGACUAAUUAGUGAAAAAGUUUUGAUCGCCUGACCAAUACACCUUUCUUGAUGCAAAUUUGUCUCUGGUAAUUGAGGUUUACUUCCUAACUUGGCCUACCAAUUUUAGAAUAAUAUUGGCUUCAUCUUGACCCUGAUGUGCUUUAAUCUUGGUGGAACAUUGGCUCCAUCUCGGGCCUAAUGUGCUAUAAUCCCGGUAGAAUAUUGGCUUCAUCUCGGGCAUGAUGUGCUUUAAUCUUGGUAGAAUAUUGGCACCACUUUGGGCCUGAUGUGCUUUAAUCUUGGUGGAACAUUGGCUUCAUCUUGGGCAUGAUUUGCUUUAAUCUCGGUACAACGGUGCCUUCAUCUAGGGCCUGAUGUGCUUUAACAUUGGCUCCAUUUUGAGCCUGAUGUGCUAGAGUGCUACAAUCUCGGUAAAAUAUUG